CCAUGGCCAUAGCCAUUGAAAAUCGUUGGAAAAAAGCCAUGCUUUUACCCUUACCCGAUGAUUUCCUACGUUUUGAGGUGACCAAUAAUAUCACGGCCAUGGAUGCCCAAGCGGCCAUGGCCCUCUAUCGCCAACAAAUGCCCCAAUAUGUGGCAACCAAUCAUAUGGGCCGCCUUAGCAUUACCUGUGCCCAGGCCAAGUUGGCCCGCAAUUAUGGCCUAACACGCAUGGAUCCCUAUGUACGCAUACGCGUUGGCCACUAUGUCUAUGAGACACACACGGAUCCGAAUGGUGGCAAAAAUCCACGUUGGAAUCGUGUUAUCCAGUCCCAGCUGCCGGUCGGUGUCACCACCAUGUAUGUGGAAAUCUACGAUGAGUGCAGCUUCAAAAUGGACGAAUUGAUUGCCUGGUGUGAAAUUAAAAUACCCGAACGUGUAUUUAAUGGCGAGACACACGAGGAAUGGUAUCCGUUGAGCGGCAAACAGGGUGAUGGUCUGGAGGGUGCCAUCGAUAUUGUUUUGAGUUUUUCCAAUCAGCCGUAUAUGUAUCAAACUGCUGCUGCAGCAGCAGUACCGGCAGCUGGAUCAUUGUUAAUGGUGCCGCCGGGUAGGCCAAUGCCAAUAUUUGUGCCACCGCAACAACAGCAGCCAACGACGGUUGUAGUGCAGCAGGGUGGUGGCGUGGCAACAUUACCUCCCCUGCCACCACCACAAUUAAGUGCCGAAGAAUUGAAACAAAUUCAGGAAAUGUUCCCCAACAUUGAUACGGAAGUGGUCAAGACGGUGUUCGAGGCCAAUCGUGGAAAUAAAGAUGCUACCAUUAAUUCAUUGCUGCAAAUGAACGAAUGAAUG